AUGCUAGGUUGGUCAAGGUGCUCGAUCGAGAUGAAGCGUCAGAAUUGGGUAUCCAGCGAUGAUCCUAAGCUUGCCAGUGCAUCUGCGUGCGCGUUCUCUGCUCGGGGCACCUGCUGGAUGGUGAAGGUGGGAAACGCCUUCAACAGCUCUUGGACUUUGUCAAGGUAUAAGAUCAUCCUCGGGUGCUUCGCUAUGUAUUCUCUUGAGGCUUGA